CAUAUUUAAAAGUAGAGUGGUGAUUGUCGAGAGGAAGUUCGUCUGAAGGAUAGUAAUUGAUUUCAUUGCUACAAGAAUCAGCAAGUCACCAGUGUUGUGGAUCCACUGCCCCAAAGAAUCCGCAAAGCAAGCCGAGAAAAGUUUUCCAAUAGCAACUAUGAAUCAAUGUGAUAGAAACACCAGCACCGAGAAUUUGUGUGUAUCGCCGCCAUUUGCUCUUGAAGAAAAUAUAUCGUCUCCAAAGGAAUAUGACAAAUAUGAUGUUUUUAAGAAUUUCCCGAAAUGCGAUUCAACAUCACACGGAAGUCAACCGGAGAAAAUGUGUGAGAAAUUGAACUCAARUCAAUCCAUCCAAAAUUGCUCGACCGUAACGAGCUCUUUACAAAACUCGUCGCCCUUCACGCCGCCGGAUCUUGUAGAAUCAAUAACAACAGAUGGGACUAGUUGCUGUUCGRUACCUAACGCAUCGGAUUCGGUCGUGAUAAAAUCGCUCAAUUCUCAGUUGCAAACGCUGUCACCGACAUCACCUUCAAAUAUGAGUUCAACCCAAACAUCAUCAUUUUUUUCUGCAACAUCUUUCAAGGACAUUGUAAUUGAUUCGGACGCAUCCAAACACGUGUCUCGUAUGGAUAUUAUUUAUCCCAUCGAAAGUGAAAACAUAGGAGGGCAUUCACAAACGUUUGAUGGUCCGCACAUUGUCAUUUCUCAAACCGAAGAUAUUGGAUUUUCGGAAUUGAUGAGAGAGGCUGAUGACACUAUCAUGCAGCUUCAACAAUCGCACGAUACAAUGGUAAGCUGUUCAGAACGAAAGUCGAACGCGCGAUUGUCACCCUUGCUCGAAAAUCAAGAAUGGGAGUCAGGUGCCUUGAUUUCAGCUGCACCAAACAAUAGCCCUGUAGUCGUCACCGCGGUAACAGAUAGAAUAAGAAAGGAUCAAAAAUGGUGGSACAAUAUUCCUUUCCUAGGUUUUGGUCAAAAUAUCGACAAUCAAGAUCUCAAUGCACCACUUCUGACAGUGGCCACUGACAUGAAUUCGAAUGGUGCCGCAUCAAAUCAGCCAGACGUCACUCGCUUACUUUCAGGCAAUACUUUUCAACGCCAUCACAUCAAUUCAGCGUUUGAUCGAGCUAUAGCAAGUGUCGAAACAAAGAUUGAGAGCGAUGAUUCCUUCGAAGUAUCCUUUUUGCUAGGAGAAAAUUCCCGAUAUACAGUGGAGGAUGUGAUGGAAAUCAUUAGCAAUACUGAUUUGCUAAGUCUUUGGUGCGAUCCCAUUGAGACACUGAUUGUGACCUCGAAUAGCAGUCACACUGCGUCUUCAGGUUUUWGUGUGGGCGAAACAAGAAAUAAUAUUGAAAGUGAUGAUUUUCAUGACGAAAGCGAAAGGACAAGAGAAUACGAGGGCGAAUGGGUCGAAGCGACGACUUCGGCACUGCAAUCUCCUUCCAGUAGUUUUAGUUUUAUUCUGGAUAUAGGACAGAGUAUCCUCGAAAGCUUCGGAUGCACAUCGUACGGAAGAAUCGUCAUGUUUGCCGAGCGAAGACGUGGCCACGUUGGCCUAAAGGUUGGGCCUUUUCAUGGAGGGAUCUAUGCAUCCCAUUCCAUCUAUGUUUCAAUGGAGGAUACAGACAGCCAAGGAGGACGAAUUCGGAUUGUAGACCGGGUACGACUCACACACGAUGACGAUUACGCUGAGGUCUACUCUAUUGCAAAAUUAUUUGGAUGUUCAGUGGCAUCCUGUUUGGGCCAGUGUUUCUUACCAUCAAUCAAGGGAUAUUUGGGUCAAGUGACUACGAGUAUGGCACAGCUGCGCAUUCUAUUGGAAAAUGAAGAGAACAAAGCAUCUUCAAAUCACCCUCCUUCCUACAAACAACCUACCAUUAUCCCCCUUUGUAGCCAAAGAAUGCAAUAGAAGCUGUAUGAUAAUUCAUUCUCUCAAAUUUUCUUUUAAACGUGAAGACCAGAAGAUGAUAAAACAAAGAAUGAGUG